GCCACCGAAAAUGUCCGUCUGUGUUGCGGCUCGGUCGGGACGGGGGAUUUCGCCAGGAAAUAAUACACAUUUAACCCCUGAAGAAGACAGACACAAGCCACAUACACUGACAACCUAGAGUACUAUCCCCCAGGAAGGAGUGUCGAGUUGGUGUGUUGGAGCGACACCAACAAAAAAACGGGAGUUUACAGUAACAGUUCUUCCGCUGUGAUGUCGGGUCCUGGGUCUCGGAGGACCGGGUCCAGCAUCAAAAUCCGCCUGACAGUCUUAUGUGCCAAGAACCUUGCAAAGAAAGACUUCUUCCGGUUGCCGGACCCAUUUGCAAAGGUAGUGGUGGAUGGAUCAGGACAGUGUCAUUCUACAGACACAGUGAAGAGCACUCUGGACCCCAAAUGGAACCAACACUAUGACCUGUACAUAGGGAAGACAGACUCCAUCACCAUCAGUGUGUGGAACCAUAAGAAGAUCCACAAGCGGCAGGGCGCCGGGUUCCUGGGCUGUAUACGACUGCUGGCUAACUCCAUCAGCAGACUGAAGGACACGGGCUACCAGCGGUUGGAUCUGUGUAAGCUGAAUCCAUCAGACAGUGAUGCAGUACGGGGACAGAUCGUAG